GGCCUCUGCCCUUAUCUCCUGGUGCCAGCAUCGUCCACUUCUGCUGACCACACCCCCAGGAAGCACUUGUGUGUGUGUGUGUGUUGCAACUGCCAAAACAGCACAGCUGGUUAUUUUUGCAAAACAGAAAAAUAAACGUAGCAGGAGGAUUCAGUGGAAGCCUGGAGCUUGGCUGCUCCCAGGGACUGCCCCCCCCUCCCGCCUCUGGCAAAUGCAAGACUCUCCUGGAAUCACCAGAUUUCCUGGAAACUGGCCGCGGAUCACCACUAGCUCCUGACAGUGCUCCUCUCCCCCCCGGGCCAGGCGGGCACCUCAGAGCCCUCUGUGCCCAGGGCCAUGGCAAAGGCAGGCAGUGGGGGCGUCUUCCUGCACAGCUGCGCCGUCUCCCUCCUCGCCCUGCAGCUCCUGCCGGCUGGGGAAGGGAGAGCCGAUUUCAAGGUCCUUGGGCCAGACGGCCCCAUCCUGGCCACCGUCGGGGAAGACGCAUUGCUGCCCUGCAGACUGUCCCUCAACCUCAGCGCGGAGGACAUGGAGCUGAGGUGGUACAGGAGCCGGCCCUCGCCCGCUGUGUACCUGCACAGGCGCGGAGCACAGGUGUCCAGAGAGCAGAUGGCAGAGUACCGGGGGAGGACGACUUUCCUGGGCGACCACCUGGCCAGGGGCAAAGCUGUGCUGAGGAUUCACAACAUCACUGUGUAUGACAACGGGACCUACCACUGCCUCUUCAGGGACGGGGAGCCUCACAGCGAGACCACCCUGGCGCUGCAGGUGGCAGGGCUGGGCUUGGAGCCCAGAAUCCAUGUGACCGAGGACCUGGACAAGGGCAUCCGAGCCGAGUGCACCUCAGCAGGCUGGUACCCAGAGCCUCACGUGGAGUGGAGAGACUUCAGGGGGCAUGCGGUGCCAGCUGUGACCCGUUUCUCAGCCUCAGCCACCACCGGCCUCUUGGCUGUGCUGUCCAGGGUGGCCGUCCCAGACAGGAGCAUGGGGGGUCUCACCUGCUCCAUCUCCAGCCCCCUGCUCCAUGAGAGGAAGGUAGCUGAGAGCCACCUGCCCGGGUCCCCGUGGGCCUCCCUCUCAGGACAGCCCCCGCCCUCCGCGUGGAGGAUGCCCCUGUUUCUGAUCCUCAUCGUGCUGGGGCUCAUCACAGCCGGGGGUCUCUGCCUCUGCCCGAAGCUGAACCGGAAAGAGAGCGAGGAGCAGCCGGAGAAAGGGAGGCAGCAGGAAGAACAGGAGCUGGGGCCUGGAGCCGGCCGCGACAGGAUUGAGCCAUUCCAGGUGAGUCCCUCGCUGGACCCUGCCACAGCCAGCCCCAAGCUCUCCCUGUCUGAGGAUCAGAAGAGCGUGAGGCGGCUGCUCUUCGACCAGGACCUGCCCCCCAGUGCCAGCAGGUUUGACCAGGACCCCUGCGUGCUGGCCCAGGAGCAGUUCUUCACCGGGCAGUACUACUGGGAGGUCGAGGUGGGGGACAGGAAGGCCUGGACGCUGGGCGUGUGUCUGGGCAGUGUGGGCCGGGAGGGCAGGGUCCCCAAGGCCCCCCAGCAUGGCCUCUGGGCAGUGGAGUUUUACAAGGAGCGACUCCAGGCCCUGUCCUAUCCCAGGACGCAGCUCCGGCCUCCCCAGCACCUCUGUCGGGUGGGUGUUUUCCUGGAUUGUGACAGGGGAAAGAUUUCUUUCCACAAUGCAGCUGAUGGGUCCCUGGUCUAUGCAUUCUCUGGCCUCUCUUUCUCUGGCCCACUGCAGCCAUUCCUCUGUCUCUGGACUCAUGACCCCAGCCCCCUGACCUUCUGCCCUGUGGUCAGAGAGACCCAGGAAGACGCUGGUGCCCCAGAGGUCUCGGCCCCUCCCUAGGGCCCUCAAGGCCCCCGUCUGCAGGGGAGAGCAGGGACCCCUGGACAAGAUGCCCCAUCUCCUGCCCAUGCCCAGCUAUGCUGUGUGCGAGGGGCAGUGUGGGAGGCAGGGCUGCUCCUCGUCUUUCCAUGCUGAGUCAUGGACUAGAUCGUGCCCUUUGCUCCACAUUUGUCUGUUGAAGCCCCAAGCCCACAUCCCCAGGGUUGACUGCAUUUAGAGACUAGACCUCUGAAGAGGUAAUGGAAGUAUAAUGAAGCUACUGGGCAGGGGAUUAGGGCACAGACACAGAGGGACGGCCACUGGGGACGAGGGGAAAAGGCGCCAGCGGGGAGCCAAGGAGAGGCACAGGGGACCCAGCCCUGCAGGGAAAGAGAGGAAUCCUUGGGGCCGGCGGUGAUUUGGGCACUGCUGAGUUGCUUUGUGACAUGGGCUUGGGGCAGAUGUACAGUGUCAGCCCAGCGUUGGGCGUGGUGCCUCCCAGAGGCUGGGGUUUGUGUGAACAGAAGGUGUGGGGGUGGGCAGAGACCGCAUGGCCUCUCCCCUGCCUCCACGCUGCCCCACUCCCUGCAGGGGGCUCCAGGGUGAGGGUCUCUGAGAAUUCCCUCCCAAUCUGUUGUGUACUGAGAUUUUUACCUUUAAUAAAGUUUGCCUGUGUA